CUGUUUCUUAUUUUUGCUCAAAAUCAGUAUAUGGAUUGUUUUAAGGAUAUGCAUGCUUUUCAAUUUGGCCUACUGAGUAUGAGAGGGAGAUAGAACAAUAAAUGGAGAAUUAAAUGUGCAUUUCAUUUUGGGUCAUUGAAUUUAAUGGUCUCUCUCAAGGCUCAACUCCUCGAGAGCCAAGAAAGAGAUAUUACAGAACUUCUAUGCACAAUUUUCUUCCUGGUUCCUUUUGUGGUCGCUCUCUUUGUCCGUUUUAAGGGAUCUGAAAGGUUUAUCUCUAUAAAUUCUCAGAGAGUGUCACACUGGGGGGUCUCUUGAUCUUUGCCUAUUGUGUGUUUCCAGUCAGUCUCUGGAGCCCAAGUAUUUGAAAAUAUGCAUGAACCAAAUGGUUCUUGGGUUUUUUCCCUUGAGAUGUUGGAAUUUGGUUUUUGAAAACAAAUUAAAGGGCUCUCUCUCUCUCUCUCUCUCUGAUUCUGCAAAGAUUUAAGAUUUAUUCCCUUUUGCUUUAAUCUAUAGGAGACAUAGUGGUUUGAUGGGCUGUAGUAUAAAAUUUAAGAUUUAGUUUUUUUCUCUGUUCUUUGGACAGUUGGACACACAUACACUGUAAUUGUCAGCAAAAAAGAAAAAUCUUUCAUGCAUCUUUCACUAUGGAACCCAAUGUCUCUUUGUGCUGCUCUCAUAUUGGACAAGAAGGGCAAAAAGAGAGAUGGAUCAUCUAACCAUUCCCCGGAAAGAGUUAGGAGGAACCCAUCAUCAAGUCUGAGGAAGCUAGAAGUACACAGGAUCAAGGAGGCACUUGAGGAAGCAUCUGAAAAUGGUUCUCUUUUUAAAUCCCAAGGGAUAGACUCGGGGGCCAUUGAAAACCAGGAUGAGAGCUUGGGGAGAUCGCGGUCACUUGCAAGACUGCAUGCCCAGAAGGAAUUCCUCAAAGCCACUACUCUUGCUGCGGACCGCACAUUUGAGUCGGAGGACUCAAUUCCAGAACUACAUGAAUCCUUCUCCAAGUUCCUCACCAUGUACCCUAAGUACCAGGCGUCAGAGAGGGUUGAUCAGCUGAGGUCUGAGGAGUAUUCUCACCUUUCCGGGUCCGAUUCUAAGGUAUUUCUUGACUACUGUGGAUUUGGGCUGUUUUCAUUUCUUCAAACGGUUCACUAUUGGGAUUCAUCAACAUUUAGCUUGUCUGAAAUUACUGCCAAUUUGAGCAAUCACGUUUUGUAUGGGGGCGCUGAGAAAGGCACCGUGGAACAUGAUAUUAAAGCAAGAAUUAUGGAUUACUUGAACAUCCCUGAGAACGAGUACGGCUUAGUGUUCACUGUUAGCAGAGGAUCAGCCUUUAAAUUGCUGGCUGAAUCAUACCCCUUUCACACGAACAAGAAGUUGCUGACAAUGUUUGAUCAUGAGAGCCAAUCUGUCAAUUGGAUGGCUCAGGCUGCCAGGGAGAAAGGUGCCAAAGUAUACAGCGCCUGGUUCAAAUGGCCAACCCUCAAGCUCUGUUCAACAGAUUUGAGGAAACAAAUCUCAAACAAAAAGAGGAGGAAGAAAGACUCGGCUACUGGCCUUUUUGUUUUUCCUGUCCAAUCUAGAGUUAGUGGAGCGAAGUAUUCUUAUCAAUGGAUGGCUUUGGCUCAGCAGAACAAUUGGCAUGUCCUGCUUGAUGCCGGCGCACUAGGUCCCAAAGACAUGGAUUCACUAGGGCUGUCUUUGUUUCGACCAGAUUUCAUCAUCACCUCAUUUUAUAGGGUGUUUGGCUAUGACCCGACUGGAUUUGGAUGUCUAGUUAUAAAGAAAUCUGUGUUGGCAAGCCUUCAAAAUCAAUCUGGCCAUGCUGGCUCUGGUAUUGUGAAGAUCACUCCAGUUUUCCCUUUGUAUUUGAGUGAUUCAGCUGAUGGUUUCCCUGAAGACGGUGAAGAGAUUGAGGUUACCAACGAUUCUCGUGCAGGGUCUCAGCUGCCCGCCUUUUCUGGCGCAUUCACAUCUGCCCAGGUCAGGGAUGUUUUUGAGACAGAAAUGGAUAACGAAAUUUUUUCAGACAAGGAUGGAACAAGCACAAUAUUCGAAGAGACUGAAAGCCUAUCCAUUGGUGAUGUAAUGAGAAGUCCCAUCUUCAGCGAAGGCGAAUCGUCGGAUAACUCUCUUUGGAUAGAUUUGGGUCAAAGCCCGUUGGGCUCAGUCAGUGGUGGCCAUUCAACCGUACCAAACAUGGCCUCCCCCGCACCACCAUUUUGGUUUGCCAGGAGGAAGAAUGAUAAGAAUCUAUCUCCAAAGCCUUCAAAGAUAUCUUUUGAUGCUGCUCUGUGUUCAAAGUCUGAAGAAUUACAUCAUUUCCAGGACAUUCAAGAGGGUAACAAGGCUUCUACUUCCAAGUCUCUUCCAAAUGGUUCAAAACCUGAGAUAUGCCAUGAGAGUGCAAUUAGAAGAGAAACAGAAGGUGAAUUCAGGUUGCUAGAAAGGAGGGAAGAUGCCUAUCAGUCUGGAAGAAAGGGAAGAAGAGUUUCUUUCAGCAUUGAAGAUAAACACACUCUAUUAACAAGCCUUGAUGAUGAUGAUGACCACACUUGUAAUGGGGAAUAUGAAGAGCAAGAUUCUGGGAGGAGAGAGCCGGAGAUAAUAUGCAAGCAUAUAGAUCAUAUUAACAUGUUGGGUCUUAACAAGACUACCCUUCGGCUACGGUUUCUGGUCAACUGGCUAGUAACCUCACUGCUGCAACUCAGACUUCCCGGGUCAAACGAGGAGGAGAACGCACCACUUGUUCACAUCUAUGGGCCCAAAAUAAAAUACGAGAGAGGUGCAUCCGUUGCUUUCAAUGUGAGGAACUGCAGCGACAGGGGCAGUAUUGUCAAACCAGAAACAGUGCAGAAACUGGCUGAGCUGAACGGCAUUUAUCUCGGCAUCGGCAUCCUCAGUCACAUUCGGGUUCUAGACAGCUCGACACAGAAGCCAAUGGAUAAGUGCAGACAGAAGAGUGAGAGUGGGUUCAUCAGAGUGGAAGUCAUCACUGCAUCACUUGGCUUUCUGACUAACUUCGAAGACGUGUACAAAUUAUGGUCUUUUGUUGCAAAGUUUCUCAACCCCGAGUUCAUAAACUGAGGCUGCGUCUUGAAAGCUCGAGUCUUUAGCACCGGGUUAGGGAUAAUUCGUCGAUUAUUACUUUGGGUUUUUUUUUAGUUUUGGCAUUAGAUGCAUGGCUGGAUGCAGAAACAUGUAAUAUAUUCAGGUGUUUGUGACUUGCAAUAGUCAUUAAGUUAUAAAUAAAAACUAGCUGUGAAGUAAAUAUUUUGGGUCAUA